AUGCCUGCGAUCCUUUCCUCCUCUUCUUUCUCCUCCUCUCCUCCUCUCCUCUCUCCUCUCUUCUCCUCUCCUCCCUCCUCCUCUUCUUUCUCUUCCUCUACUCUCUCCUCCUCUCCUUCCCCCGGCCUUGCUUUCGUCUCCACCCUCCCCACGUCUUCGUCGUGGUUCCUCCGCCCAUUUUCCUCUUCCUCACGCCGCCAACCUCAUCCUCCUGCUCUUGCUCCUCCUCUCCUCCUCUCCCCCUUGGACCUGGACGAGAGCUUCAACCUCGCAAGGGUGUCGAUGCGGGCAGGGCCGCAGAAGGGUGAGGUCAGGAACCCGUGGGGCAGGGCAGGGAAGCCGGAGACGAGGAUGCAGCGCCAGCGAGAGGCUGCAGAGGCUGCAGCACUGAGAGCCAAGGCAUGGCGACAAGCGAUGAGCAGGAGGGACAUGGAGGACAUGGAGGCGGAGGACGAGGUGUCCAGCAGGAGCCUGGCCUACAGCAUCCACGAGUUCCACGAGAGGUCCGCAGAGCUUCUGCGGGAGUUCGGCGGGAGGCUGAACUCGCUGACGUUCGGGUACAAGUGGCAGCAGUACUACGGGGAGAGCCUACACUCCCUAGUGCGGUUCCAGCAGCUGUCAGUCGGGGCCAUGCUCAGGCAGUCCAACCGUUUCUGGGUGAUGGACAUGCUGCAGGAGAGCGAGGCAGCGGCGAACAUGCAGAUCUACGUGCUGGUGGAGCAACAGCAGAAGCCCAGCAAGGGGCAGCCUCUCGGGGACCAGCUCGCCAUGAUGACGGACUCGGAUGCGAUCAGGGAGUGGAAGAGCAGGAGAGCGCAUCCGCUGCGGGUGGGGAGCGGGAGGAGCAGCCACCUGUUCGUGUCGGACGUGAACGCGGAGACGUCGGAGGUGGUGAGAGGAGCCAUGGACGAGCUGAAGCAUCGGAUAGGCAGCGCCGGAGGCGCCUCGCCAGCUGAGCAGAGUGAGAGGUGGGAGGAGGAAGGAGAUGAGGAGGGAGGGUCUUGCCUGCAGCUCCCCCCGGGCCUCAGGAGUUGCAACAAGCUGAGCCUCCUGCUCGACGAGCUCGACGUCUUGUCCAGGUCCCUGCCCUCCCGUCUCACUCCUACCCACACCCGCUGCUCCAACAACUGCUCCUGCGCUGUGGCGGCGGCAGAUGCCAUGAGACUCCUGCACAAGCUGGAGGGGCAGGCGAAGGGGAGGCAGAGGAAGAAGCUGGACGACCUGGUGGGGAUGUACGCGGAUGUCAUCCAGGCCGGCAUGAGCCAGCUGAGCCUCAACAGGAUGGCGCUGGUGCUGCAGGCGCUGGAGGGACGAGCGGGAUGGGACACCCUCGUGCUCCUCAGCGCCAACCGAGUCAUGCAGAUGGGCAGCGAGCUGGGGCCUCAGGCGCGGGAGCUGACGGCGGAGGAUGUGCUGACGCUCGUGCGUGCGUACGGGCGAACGGGGCAGAGCGAUGCGCUGCUGUACAAGCAGGUGAGCUCGGCGUGCCAGCUGAUCGGGAAGGAGAAGUUCACGCUUGAGGGGAUGGGCGCGAUCCUUGACGGGUUUCACGCGGUCGGGCUGCGGGAGCCUCAGCUGCUGCGGUUCUUCUCGUCCAUCAUCCAGCAGAUGCCCCUCAACUUCUCGUCAGCCGACGGCGUCGCAAGGAUGAUGCGGGUGCUCGCAGCUAGCGGCAUGCAGGACGAGAUCGCUUUCCGCAGACUGUGCGCGACUGUUCUCCAGCUCCCUACCUCCUCCUUCUCCGCCUCCUCCGUGGGCUGCGUCUUGCAAGCUCUGAGCACAGCCAACGUCUUCGAAUCCGCCCUCCUCCGCCGGCUCUCGGACAUCGCGCAGACUAUCGAGCUGAGAUCGCUGAAGCCUCAGCACGUGGUGCAGAUCGUGGGGGCCAUGACGCGGGCAAACCGCAAGGACAUGAAGCUGCUGGAGAGGAUGGGGAUGGCGGUGCUGGAGAUGAACGCCUCCUCGCUGCAGGGUCAGCACAUCGGCGUGAUCGCCAUGGCCAUGGCCGAGGCGGGAUAUGCGGACAUGAAGGUUCUUGAUCAUCUGUCCCAAGCUAGCCUCCAGCUCGAGCCCUGGAACUUUGACGGGGCCUCCAUCGCCAUGAUCGUGACAGCCUACAGCAAGCUCAAGGCUAUGAUCAACAUCGUGCGUCGAGCCGCUCGCGUCGAGUCGCUCGGCAGCAGCAAGACGCUCGCGCGUGAGGCCCACAGGAAGCGCCUGCGAGCCAUGGGCGCGAGGCGGUUGAGAGGCGAGGAGGGGGAGCAGGAGGAGCGAGAGGAGGAGAGGAGGGAGGAGGACACACUGGAAGUGGCGACGGGGAGUGAUCGCUCGCUGUUCCUGGGUCUCGGAGUCUGA